CAAAUGCCGAAGCAUAUCGACAAAGAAGUUAAACGUGCUUUGGCUGAUAAGACCAGUGAUCUAGGCCCACUAGAUGAUGAAAGCUCUAGCGAUGAUUCCGUUUCUUUGGAAAAUUACCUUGAUGAAUAUGAUGAGAACAAAAAAUCGGUGUCUUCGGAGUUCAGACCUGAAUUGGCUAAUGUCAAGAACAAAGAUUCAGAUGAUGGUGUGAAACUAAGGCAUCGGGUCGAGGUCCCUUUGGACACCCGUACGAAGGGAUUCAAUAGGGAAUCGCGCAAACGGAAAACUCUGGACGAGUACCUUUGCAAAGGAAGUAUUGAGAGCGAACAAGAAGGCAAACAAGCAAAAGGCUCGACUAGAGUUAAAUCAACUCCCCAAACCCCGCUUGAUUCUAACUCAAUAUAUACUUCCCUCAAGACACAGGCAGAUGACAAAGCCAAAGAUUUGCCGAAACAGGUAUCUACCAAAAAAACGAUGGAAGCACGUUUCAAAGGCAUGCUUGAAGAUGAAUUUCAAAAUUCUAGAGAUUUAGCCGAACUUUUACAGGUAAAACUGAGGAUGUAUACUGGCUCUCUGUUGCAUACUUUGCAGGAAAGGGCAUCUAUACAGAAUUCAUUUGGGAAGCACUUUUGUACGGACAUUUUUGCACUUCUAAAGGAAAUAUAUGGAAUGCAAAUUGGAGUAGUGCCGCAUCUGAAGAAUAUUUGCGAUAAACAACAGCCAAAUAUCGAGGAUUUGCUUAGCAAACUGUGUGAGCGUCAAAAGCUUCUUUCAAAAUAUGCGCAGUUGGUGCUGCCUCGAUUGACCAAAUUGCAAAGUAAAUCUGCGUCGAUUUUUACUUCCAAUGCACGUGCGGUAUUCCUUAUGCAUAACCCUUGUGACAUCUCACUACAGCGCCUUAAAGAAUACGUGCAACCGGACGAUUCCAAUUAUGAGAUCAUCACUGUUGCACAGGAGGAACUGCUGGACAUAUCAAGUGAUUUGGCGCCCGUAAGGCAAGUCAAAGAACCGAUUAAAUAUUCCGUACUGGUUGAAAUGCGCAACCCACCGAAUGGAGAACGCAAAUUAAUGUCUAUCUUCCUCUUCGACAAUGUUCUUGUUUGCGCUCGCCAGAGGGUUAUUGUCCUGAGAAAGCACUUCACGCAGGACUCAGAUAGUGAAACAGCAUCAGUUUCUACAAGCGCAAAGGAUCAAUCUGAUCUGAUUAUGAAUGCAAGGACUAUUAGUCGCUACGAGGUGAAGUGGUUUAUUCCGCUUGAGCAACUGGAGUCCCUCGAUUCAAAAGGAAUAGCAUUUGAUGAGGAAAACCUACUUGAACGUCUCCAAAAGAUUGAAACUCUAAAGCGUAAAAUAGUGAAAAUUCGACAAGAAUUGCAAGAGGAGACUAGUAAGUUGGACAAAGAGUCAAAAAGGCAGAAAUUGAAAAUUCCCAAAAUUCAUAGACUUCGAUCCUACCUCUACAGUUUACAAGCAGAUUUGGUACUACAAACGCCAAAACUGCCAUUGUUCAUUAGUGCAGCUGAUGACCAAAAGUACUGCCUCCUAAUGGCCUCUGAAAAGGAACGCAUUACUUGGGAGUCUGCCAUUAUGCAUGCAAAGGCCGACUGCAAACUGCGGUCUAGACGCCAAAGCCCUGCUUCGGUGUCAAAACGCAAUUCACUACUGCGACCAUUUUCCACCACCAUUCGUGAGUCGCGGCGUGCUGCUCACGUGCGUCGGUCGAGCACGGAGUCGGAAAUAUCACCCCAGGACGAGAUACUAAAAAACGAGCUCUCCUACAUGAUAAACCAUUGUAAAACUGCUGUUCCUCUUAACAAACUGGGGAAAGUGAUCAUUUCGGGCAAUGCCCUAAGUGGAAUCCUGGAAGUAUGUGUACACGAAAUUAGUGGACUAACCGAACCGGGGCCCUACUACGUUGCAAUUGAAGUUGACUUCUAUGGCCUAUUUGAAUUGGUGGCCAAGACAAAGAGCAUAAAUGACACAACUAAUCCUCGUUGGGAUCAGACUUUUAUGUUUGAAAUUGAGACAUCGCAGACAAUUUGCUUUACUGUGUUUCGACAAUCCAUUGUUUUUGGACAAGUAGAGUUGCCGCUUGAAGAAGACCAACUUGAUCAAAAGAAGGUAUCCCACCACCUCAAUACCGACGAAAAGGUUUCAAAACCAGUGUAUCUGCAGAUAUCAAUUCUCUACAAUGAACGAAAAAAACAAAACGUGAGACCGAGAUCUAAGAAGCAGUCAGAUGUAUUUGGACAGCCUCUUGACGAAGUUUUAAAACGGGAUCAAGCCGACCGAGAGAGAUUGAAGAAACAAAUAGGCGGGAAUAAGAAUUACGAGGAGUUACGAGUUCCUGUGCUAGUUACUGCCUGUGUAGAAGAGAUUGAACGACGAGGACUUCAGGAGGAGGGCAUCUAUCGAGUCAGCGGUUCAGUCACUACUGUUGCUCGCCUUCAGGAUCUUUUUGAUCGUGAUACCAGCUUGGCUGUUAAACAAAUCGGCGACUACGACAUUCACGUGAUAAGCAGUCUUUUGAAACUCUUCUUUCGAGAACUUCCAGAGCCAUUAAUACCUACAAACAGCUUCAACGAUCUUGUUAAAGCCUCAGCACAUUCUGAUGAGAAAAAGAAGUUGGGAGAAUUCAGUCGUAUCCUACGUAAAAUGCCUCGAGUGAAUUUGGACACCCUUCAAUACCUCAUGGAUCACCUUAUUCGAGUGUGCCAAUAUGAGUCGGAAAAUAAGAUGAACAUUGGGAAUCUCUCACUAAUUUGGACAAUGACCCUGUUCCAGCCAGAGAACGUACCUACAACCCCAAAAGCCUCAUCUGCGACUGCGGAGACCCCAGACGCCAAGAAGGCACCUUCCCAGUCGUUACAGUCGGCAGCAUCGGUCGGCGUGCUGCAGACUAUGAUUUUGAGUACAAUUUUCGAUGCCUACGCUAAUGGAAAACUGGAUUUACCUACACAUAAAAGUACUUUUUAG